CCGGGGAGACAUUCAGCGUUCAGCAGUAGCCACAGGCCAGAGCCAACUCGUAGGUACGGAGACCCUGGACGUCAAGUGCCGCAUCAGCUGCAGGCUGCUCCCGUCAGUGUCUCUGUAACUCGCUUUUUCCUAGCCCGUAACAAGAUGUCAUCAUACGGCAGCGCACAAGCGCAACAAGCGCAGACGCAGACGCAGCUACAUUGGUGGUUCAUCCCACUCGCCGCUAUCCCGGUCCUAUUCAUCCUGACAUCCUUCACACCCUUCUUCGGCUCCUCCAAGUCCUCGCGGCGCAACAAAAUCACGCGACAGGCGUAUGACCCGCGCACAGGCAUUGGCCGCGGCGCCCCCGGCUUCCAGACGAACGUGGCGAAAGUGGCGAUCCCACCUGACAUCGCCGCGCGCAUUCGCGCGGGGGAGGACGUUAGUGCCGAGGAGAUCACGCAGGCGCUCGAGGACGUCAAGGCGGGCCGGUAUAAGCCUAAGGAGCAGAUAGAGAAGGAGGAGUGGCUGCCUGCUGGUGUGACUGGCGGGACGGUGCCCAGCAAGGGCGGCAGGAAAGGGAAACGACGAUAACGCAUGUAUCAUAGUAGCUGCCGUGCUGGCUAGCAGGUCUCUGCGGACUUUUUGCG